GAAUUCCAACAACCAAGCAAAGCAAAGGAUACGAGGCACAGUUUUGCUCCGAGGAUUGGAUCUUCCAAGCCAACUGUCUUUGUCGGACCCAUAGCUAGUCUCGCUCUAUCAGAAGUAAGUAGUCUAAUAGGCAAGAUGACGAGCGAACCAGUGAAAGAUGAGACUGAAAAUGUGGAAAAGCAAGAAGUGAAAGAAGAUGAAAUCCCAAAGGAGCAGGCUGAAGAAGUAGAAGUAGAAGCCAAGGGUGAAGAAGUAGAAGUAGAAACCAAGGCUGACGAGGAAGACAAAGAGGAAAACAAAGAGCAAGACAAAGAGGAAGAGAAAGCUGAUGACGACGACAACAACAAGGCUAAGGAAGACGAAGUAAAGGCGCAUGCACUAGAAAAGAUGCAACUGUCAUUUACAAAAGCCACAGCCGAAGAAUUCGUGACUCGCACAUACAAGUUGGUCUCGUUACGAAGUUGGUUGGACAAUGAUAAGAGCGAUUCUCCUGCGAGUUCUUCUCUCGUGAUUCAAACUCUGAUCAAUAGCAACUUGCUGACGGCCGAUACAGCCAAUCGCUAUUUGGAAAAGAAAUCGUCUCGUUUGACGCAACUCAAGACAACUCUACCAGAAGAUCUCUUUGGUUUUGUCAAUGGAAACCUAAAACCUCAAAUCCACAAACUACAAGACAAAGACAAUGCCGACUUUUUACUCCAGAUUGUCGCCGUCUAUUUCAAAGUACUGACAGAUGCUCAAAAAUCGUAUCGCGAAGAACUCUUGAAAGAUCGCAAACAGUGUUGUGCUGGAUCCAACGAUUUUGAUCAAAUGGCACAAAAAGUCAAGGAAUUGCAGACACUAGUCACUACAGAAUGUCAAUUGACUCUUGCCGCACAAGACAAACUCCACCAAGGCGCACAAGCGUUGAUUGCCCUCUACACGGCCGAUGCUGAUUAUGCCGCACAAAAAGUAUGCUACUACAUUUUUCACGAACUCAUGGAACAAGAACAAGAACAACAACCACAACAACAAGACACCAUUAUUACUCCACUCUUUACCGACCAAUGGUUAAAACCUACCAACGCUACCAAUACCAGUAGUGUCCCACAAAUCACGGCAUGUCUCGAAGAACAAACGUCUCAUCUCCAAGAAGAUUUGGAUCCAACCAUGUUCCCCAAAGCAUUGCAGGCACUCGUCACACGGUUUGUCCAUUAUUACCUCGAACGCUUACUACAGACAUGCACAGCGCACAAAUCACUCGAAGAACCCUAUUGGCCAGAUACUGCAGCCGCCCUCCAACAAAUCCAAACCGAUAUUAGCAGUGCUCAAACCUUUUUUGAAUCGCUGGCACAAGAUCGACACAAACCAUUGAUUCAUGCCGAAUUGGAUUUGCUCACUACAAUUCACCACAUUCUGUCCAUUGCUGCUGCCUCCUCCUCUGCUACACCUACUGACGAAUCCAACACUAGUUCCACGAAUGAUUUGAAGGACAGUAUUCUGGCACUCCAAGCCCGGAUUGAAAAAUAUGAUACCACCUAUUAUGUCAUGGGCGAUCUAUACCAUCUCGUUGCACCCACACAAGAACGAUAUGCCUAUGAAACCACCAAAUCGUUGGCGAGACAAUUGCGCGCGUAUAAUCGUCGCGAUGAUCCCGAAAUCGUGCCCGGAUUAUCCCUACGAGUCAUGUUGCAACAUCAUUUGGUGGCAAGUCGCGGUCAACGCACUCGAUUGGGGGCGGGUGUAUUCAACAAUUUGUUGGGACGCAUCGGUGGCGCCAUUACUUCCUCGACAACUGGCAAUAUUAACAGGACGGCGAGUAGUGCCUCGCAUAUGACACCACCCCAAGACAAAUUGACCUAUGAAGAAUUGGAAAAGGAAUUGUUUGAUGUCAAACAGGAAUUGGAAGAAGCCACCGAACGGGCACAACAAGCCGAAGAUCAAGUUGAUACGUUGCGACGCGAAUUGCAACACACCAAGGAUCAAUUGGCCGAAGUCAAUCUGGAAGCACUCCAGAGAACGGCCAAUGGAGGCAACAGUCGGAGUAAGUCACCGCCUCCGAAACGGAAUGGCAGUAACAGUAGCAGCAGGAGCAAAUCACCACCCCCGAAACGGCCGUCCAAUGAAGUGGAUGUGUAAGACGUUAGCACUGUGAGCGAGCGCUCGAGAGUGACAGUGAUGAUCGAGCUCCGUAAUGGCAGGUAUACACGUCUUGCUACCAUAAUUAUAGAAAAAGUAUCUCAUUGGUGGUGCUGCGAGUUUUCAGCAACGAAGAGUGUCACUCGUAUCUUCAUAAAAGCGCUCAUUUACACGCAAAAGUUCUGCGGCUUCCAACAAAUCCACACCACUCCGUAGGAUGGCUGUCUUAUAUCCACCAAGUCACUCAUUAUGUUCGUACG